AUGUCGCCCCACCCAGCCCUCUUCCGCUUCUUUGCUGCCAACGCGGACUGGGCUAAACACGUCGAAGCUCGUGAGCCUGGCUUCUUUGCUGAGUCUGCCAAAGGGCAAGCACCACAGAUUCUCUGGAUUGGUUGUGCUGACUCGCGAGUACCUGAGAGUGUUGUAACUGCCUGUCGGCCGGGCGAAAUCUUCGUUCACAGGAAUAUCGCCAAUCAAUUCCACCUCGACGACGAGAGCGUUCUCUCUGUACUAACAUAUGCUGUUGACCAUCUCGGCGUGGAACACGUUGUCAUCGUUGGCCACACCGAAUGUGGGGGUGCUGCUGCCUGUUUUGGUGCCGCCCACUCGCCAGCCUUCUCUGCCACUGCCGAAAACCUCGUCAUCGACCCUGGGCUCCCCGCCGAUGCCCCAUUAAACCAAUGGCUCACUCCCCUUACCAAGCUCGUUGCUUCCCUCAAGCUGUCUAGCGUACCCAAAGAUGAUGCUCUCCCCGUUGUCGUCGAGGAGAACGUCAGGCAGCAAGUUAACAACCUCGCAAAGGCGUCGACAAUUGUUAACGCUUGGGCAAACAAGAGCAGGAAAGGCAAAGAUGUAUGGAUCCAUGGCUGGGUCUACGAUCUUGCUAAGGGCGAGCUCCGCGACCUGGAUGUAGAUAAUUCAAAAGAUUGCUGCUUCUGA